UACACUCAUUAGAGUAGAGUAAUAAAUCAUAAUUUUAUAUUUUUAAAUAGUAAUAAAAUAAAAUUUGUAGGUCAUCUUUCUCAUCCGUUUUCUCCUCCCAUUCUUCCACUUAUCCAUCAACACAUCACUCAGGUGUCAAUGUGAGAAGAAUCAACAAGAGAGAGAAAAGAUAGUUGGAAUUCAAGAAACCAAGACCCUACACCGUUGACAAAAUUAGGUUGUUUCCGUUAUUGUUCCUAUUGUUGACAAAGGUAGACAGUGGAUAGUUGAGAAAAAGAAGUUUGUUGUGCUUGAAAAGGGGUCUGGCAAUAGCAAUUUAUGGUUAAAAUUUCAUGAAAUGGAAGUUUGGAUUCGUUAUUGUUGACCAGAUCUGAUUACUCCAUUUCAAUUUCAGCAAACUUUUAGCUAGUUCAUGUUUUGGAUCACUUGAUUUUGCUUCCUCUUUUGCAAUAUAGGGUCUGUUUAGGAAUGGAAAAUGUCACCCUUCACAUUAUAAGAUAUUUUUCAAUCAGAAUAGAAGGUGAUCAAUUAGUUGAAACAUGAAAGGUUUUGUGAUAUCAAAGGGGUGGGAGGGUAACUUUUUGUAUUAUCUAGAUAGGGAUUUCAAUGGAGGAGGUGUUGUAUGUAGUUACAGUGCCAUUAAUAGUAGGUAACAUAGUCUGUGAUAACUCAAUAAUAGCUACACACAUGGAUGUAUCGAGAUUUAAGGUGAUGGCAGACACAGGUUCGUUGUCUAAUUCUUUAACUAAGGUUUCCACCGAGACAGUUGUAGGCUCGGACAGUGGUAAUUUGGAUGUUGAAAUUGGUAUUACAAAAGUCACACCGAUGGCAUUGGAUAGGGAAGAAGAAAGUUCUUUGAUGGAUAUGAUAUCGCAAAAUAAAAGUGAUACGGUUGGUGGUGAUGUAGCUUUAGCCCCAGAAAGUGAGGAGGAGGAUUCGUUAUCAUUGGAAGGUGAACAGUUUAUUGAUAGCUCGUGUUCUCUAUCGGUUGUUAGUGAGAAUAGUAGCAUAGGUGGAGAGGAGUUCGUCGCUUCUGAUACUACUUCAGAAGUAGGGACACCAUGUUUGAUAGACAUCGAGAAGAGCAUCUGUCCUGUUAAUAUUGUUGCUCCAGCUGCCGAUUUGGGGGAGUUGAAUGUUGAUACGGAUAUUAUGAGUGGAACUCCAGCUGUUGAUGUCAGUCUUGACCGAGAGACUGGAGUUGAAUCAGGCCUAAAUCCUUCCAUACAUCAGCUGCCUCAGGAAGAGGCAGUGAGUGUAACAGUUGUUCGGAGUGUUUUUGAUUUGGAUUAUACGCCGCUAUGGGGAUUCAUAUCCCUAUGUGGAAGAAGACCUGAAAUGGAAGACGCACUUGCAACGGUUCCUCGAUUUUUGACCAUUCCUAUUGAGAUGCUAAUUGGCGAUAGAGCACAUGAUAGAAUCAACAGGUGUUUUAGGCCACAGAUGACCCAUUUCUUUGGAGUAUAUGAUGGCCAUGGUGGCUGUCAGGUGGCAAAUUAUUGUCGCGAACGCAUCCAUAUGGCGUUGGCUGAGGAAAUAGAAUUUGUGAAGCAAGGUUUAAUCAACGGAAAUAUCAAGGAUGGUUGUCAAGAUCAAUGGAAAAAAGUUUUCACCAAUUGUUUCUUAAAGGUUGAUGCUGAAGUUGGAGGAAAAGUUAAUGAUGAAGCUGUUGCUCCAGAAACUGUUGGCUCCACUGCUGUUGUUGCACUUAUAUGUUCAUCGCAUAUCAUAGUUGCAAAUUGUGGUGAUUCAAGAGCCGUUCUAUGUCGUGGAAAAGAGCCUAUAGCAUUAUCAGUGGACCAUAAACCGAACCGAGAAGAUGAAUAUGCAAGAAUUGAAGCAGCUGGAGGAAAGGUGAUACAGUGGAAUGGUCAUCGUGUAUUUGGUGUUCUUGCAAUGUCAAGGUCAAUUGGUGAUAGAUAUUUGAAACCGUGGAUUAUUCCAGAACCAGAAGUUCAGUUCCUUCCUCGUGCAAAAGAGGAUGAAUGUCUCAUUCUAGCCAGUGAUGGUCUGUGGGAUGUGAUGACAAAUGAAGAGGUGUGCGACCUAGCUCGAAAACGCAUACUUCUCUGGUACAAGAAAAACAACUUAGAACUACCCUUAGAAAGGGGUGAAGGAAUUGAUCCUGCUGCACAAGCAGCAGCAGAGUUCCUAUCGAACCGCGCACUUCAGAAAGGAAGCAAAGACAACAUCACCGUGAUCGUUGUCGAUUUGAAGCCUCAACGUAAGUAUAAGAGCAAGACAUGAUGAUUUUGCGGUUGUCUAAAUAAUAUUAUCCUACUAUAGAAGCAUAAUAUAGUCCAAUAUAGUUUUUGGCCCAUUAAUUUUUCACCGGGGCAUAGCAUUCUCUGUACUAUAAUACAUCUUACCUAGAACUCAACUAAUUAAGAGUCACCUUGUUUCACUGUACUGCAUUGGAUUUGAUUUGAUUUGAGCUAUGUAAAUCUUAGCUACUUAUUGUAGAGAUAAUAGUGACAUUUUCCAAUGCCUUUUGGCAUCUUUUUAUCAUAUAUUGUAUUCAUUAUUAUGCCUCCGAGUACAAAAAGGCUCUGUGAGGCAUUUACUUGAAUAUUAUUUGAGCUUUGUGUGUUUAUAAAGCAGUAACUAAUUUGUAAGUGGUUUUCAA